AUCGCGGCGGGGCCGCGCUCCGCCCCCGCGGGACGAGCGGCGCGAUGGCGGCGGCGCGGCGGCGCUCAGGAUGAUAUCGCGAUACGCGCGCAGGCCGGUGCAGCCACAAGGACUCCCUAAACAUGCCCUGAGGCAUCACCCACUGCCAGAGCCAGGAGUUCAGAGGUGCUCAGCCACACCCAGGGCUGAAAGCCACGGCCACCUCUCCAGGGAGUCGGAAAUCCGGAGGGAAUCAGCUCUGGAUCAUGGGAAUCCAGGGACUGCCAGUCAGAGCUGUGCUGACACCUCCACUGAAGACAGCUCAGUCUUCUCUUGGGGCUAUGAUGAAUUUGAUAAAGCUGCCACACAGCAAGUUCAGCAGAUGUUCGGACAAAUUGAUGAGCUUCUCUAUGAGCAGAAAGAAAAUGUGCAUGUGGAGGGACUGUGGGAGGAAUGCCAGCAGUGGACAUCCAGCUUUCCUCACCUCAGGGUUGUAGGGAAGCAGAUGGUGGCGCCCACAGAUGAAGGGUUUGGAUGGUACUCGAGUUCCCCUUUGGGCAGUUUGGCCCCCUCCGAUGUAAGUUCCCCACCAGAGCAGGAUCUCGAUGAAUUUAGUGUUUUUGGCAAGAAGGUCCCUCUUUUUGUUGCUCCCGUUCACAAAAAGGCCGACCCUUCCAAGUCUCCGACCUUGUGUUCCUCAGAGAGUGACGAAGGGGAAGAGGAAAUAAUUCUCUCCGAAGGCAUAGUGGAGGAAUAUUUGGCAUUUGACUGCAGAGAUGUGGAGGAGGAGCUGCACGAGAGGAGAAUGGGCCUGUCCUCUGGCAGAAGGAAACUGGGGUUUCCUCCCGUCUCUCCGUAUUCCUGCACGAAGGAUUCCGUGCUCACCUUCGUGUUUGAUGAUGUGUGGAGCGAAGUGCUGGGCUGCAUGGAAGAACUGAUCUGCAGGCACUGGGAAGGAUCAGCCUCUGAUGAUGAGAAGAACAUCCUAACAGUAGAAACACUCCGGGCAGGUGCCAGAAGCCCUCUGCAGCUCGAUCCUCUGCCAGCCCUGUUACCUCGUGUGCCACACACGAAAACGCCCUCGGUGACCUCAAAUCUGUGCCCAAAACCCAGAUGUGGCCGCAAAAGCAAAAAGAGAAGAAAAACACCUCAAGUCAGUGUCUCUCAAGGGUCGAGUAGUGGCUCUCAGCGGAAUCUGAACGGCUUGAUGGUGAUCCACGGGAUCCAGUUACACCAGAGGAACCUGCCUGUGGUGGAGAAAACACUGGACCUGGAUGACAAACGGCCAGGUUCCAGCUCCAUCCUCUCCAUCAGAACGUGGCCAAAUCGUGCCCUGGAGCUCAGCACAUCAUCCCUGUCCCGCUCCACGAGGAGGAGGAACCCCCCGCCACGGACCCUGCACCCCAUCUCCGGCAGCCACCCCCGCACCGGCACCCCGCGCUCCGGGGACGACGCCAGCAGGGCAGCGCGGCUUCUGACUGCACAGGAGCAGCUGACCUCCCCCUCCCCACUGCUGCUGAACCGGAAUCACCCCCUACCCCCUAUUGCCACCUCCAGCGUGGCAGAGCAUGGGAGCACCACGGGAUCCCAGAGGCAAAUGAAACCUCGAGGGAACUCAAGUCGUGCUCACAGUGUAACGACACAAGACGAUGCUCACCAGCAGCUCCAGGAGCAGCUCCUCCUUCCUGAUCCUUUCUCCAGGCCUAACACAACCAACACAUCCUUGGCAGAUUCCCAGCGCCGCCGUUCCUGCACCGUCAUGGAUCACAGUAAUCAAUCUUGGACAAGCAGAGCAUCAACAGGUUCAGGUCUCCUGCCACGCGGUUCUGUGAAAGGCCACAGUCGAAGUGGAUCAGGCACAAAAAGCAAACAGGGGUUCUGAGGUGCCAUGGAGAAGUGUCCAAUCCAUCCAUCCAUCCAUCCCUGGAGAGUCAUGAACCACCACCUCUCGUUCCCAGCAAGGUCAACGUUUUUUACAGAGAGUUUUCAAACGCCCUUCCUUACAAAUAGUUAUUUUUAUAUAAAUAUAAACCUAAGCAGCAGCUGCCAAAGAUUAGAAGGGGUACACUUAAACAUUCCAUUUUUCUACCAGCAGAGGAAGUGACACCCCAGUGGAAGGGUGAAGAUACUCUAGGAAAGCCUGACUCCUAGGAAAUCCAGCAACCACUCUCAGUCAUUGCUGUUUUCCUGUGAGGUUUGUGAUGGGUUCAUGUCCUUACAAGGCAGGUACUGCAGAACCUGCUCAUUUUUCCAUUAGCUCCACAGAAGUAGUAAUGUAAAUUUUUUUUUAAGCUGUAUUUAUAUAUUCAAAUACGUUUAAAGCAAUAUUGUACUAGGAAAAGCAAGCACUGCACUCGAUUCUGCUUCUACAGCUCAGCUUAUGCAAGUGGUGGGUCCUGCAGCAGUUGCAGCAGGUAUUUGGACACAGGUGUGGAGGACUAAGGUAGCAAAGCAGGUGAAGUGACAGCUCCAAAGGUAGCACACCACUGCCUCUUCCUGAGUUAUUUAACCUUAUACCUCUUCCUCAGUGACCGAAGGAGGUUCAGCAGGCAGCAAGAAGCCUCUAACUACAAGUAGUUUCACACACUACUGCAAGAAAAUACACUUGUCUUCCUGGUUUAUGGUAAUCUCACAGAACAGCUCAGUCUCCCCCUUUCAAAAAUACCUGUAAUUACCCAAAAUUUCUGCUCUCCCCAAGCCACAGAUGCAGCGGAGGUUUCAGCAGCUGUCUCUGCACCGUGAGACAGACCUGAAGGAGGGGUUUGCUGCAGUUGCCCUUGUGGCUCCAGAUAAGACA